GCGGGCCUGACGUCGCAGGUUCUCCGCCCCGCCCCCGCGCAUGCGCACUGCCCCCGCGGAGCUCUGGACGCCUCGGACGCGCGUGUGCGACCCGGCGAGGGUUCCGAGCAGCGAUUUGAACGCCCCGCCCCGGAGCCCAGGUGCCCAGGUGCCCCGGCCCCGCGUCCCGGCCCCGGAAGCCGGCGGCCAUGGGGCCCCACAGUUUGGAGAAGAUGGUGCAGCUGCAGAGGAACCCCGCGAACGUCAGGAACAUCUGCGUGUUGGCGCACGUGGACCACGGCAAAACUACCCUGGCCGACUGCCUCAUAUCCAGCAAUGGAAUCAUCUCCAGCCGCCUGGCAGGCAAGUUACGGUACAUGGACAGCCGGGAGGACGAGCAGAUCCGGGGCAUCACCAUGAAAUCCAGCGCCAUCUCCCUGCAUUACGCACAGGGUGGCGAGGAAUACCUCAUCAACCUCAUAGACUCUCCGGGUCACGUGGACUUCUCCUCCGAAGUGUCCACGGCCGUUCGCAUUUGCGACGGGUGCAUCAUCGUGGUCGAUGCCGUGGAGGGAGUCUGCCCACAGACACAGGCAGUUCUGCGCCAGGCCUGGCUCGAAAACAUCCGGCCCGUGCUGGUGAUCAAUAAGAUCGAUCGCCUGAUCGUGGAGCUGAAGUUCACCCCUCAGGAGGCCUACUCCCACCUCAAGAACAUCUUAGAGCAGAUUAAUGCGCUCACGGGAACUCUUUUUACUUCUAAAGUCCUAGAAGAGAGGGCGGAGAGAGAGAGCGAGGCCCCCGGGACUCCGGGGGCCGACCCGGCGGAGCAGGUGUACGACUGGAGCGCGGGCUUGGAGGACACGGACGACUCCCACCUGUACUUCUCCCCGGACCAGGGCAACGUGGUCUUCGCCAGCGCCAUCGAUGGCUGGGGCUUCGGAAUUGAGCACUUUGCCCAAAUCUACAGUCAAAAAAUCGGCAUCAAAAAGGAAGUUCUUUUGAAGACACUGUGGGGAGACUAUUACAUAAACAUGAAGGCCAGGAAGAUCAUGAAGGCGGAUCAGGCGAAAGGAAAGAAGCCGUUAUUCGUGCAGCUAAUCCUGGAGAAUCUAUGGAGCUUGUACGACGCGGUCUUGAAAAAGGACAAAGAAAAGAUUGAGAAAAUCGUCACCUCCUUGGGGUUGAAGAUCGGGGCCCGGGAGGCGCGGCACUCGGACCCGAAGGUCCAGGUCAGCGCCAUCUGCAGCCAGUGGCUGCCCAUCUCCCAGGCUGUGCUCGCCAUGGUGUGUCAGAAGCUCCCCAGCCCCCUCGACAUCACACCGGAGCGGGUGGAGAGGCUGCUGUGCUCGGGCUCACAGACGUUCGACUCGCUUCCGCCGGAAACCCAGGCGCUGAAGGCAGCUUUUAUGAAAUGCGGGAGUGACGAGACCGCGCCCGUCAUCAUCUUUGUGUCCAAAAUGUUUGCUGUCGACGCCAAGGCUUUGCCUCAGAACAGGCCCAGGCCUCUCACUCAGGAAGAAAUUGUGCAGAGGCGUGAGCAGGCGAGACAGAGGCACGCGGAGAGGCUCGCGGCAGCUCAGGACCCGGCGCCCGCGGGGCCCACCGCCGACGGGAGCACCCCUGAAACGAGUCCGGAGGGAGAGGAGCCAAAAGGGGGUGAGCCGCAGGGGGGGAGUGUGACCCCUAGGCCCGCGCCGCGGGAAGAAAGCAGCCAAGAGACCAACCAGGAGACGUUCGUGGCGUUUGCUCGCGUGUUCAGCGGCGUGGCCCGCAGGGGGCAGAAAAUCUUUGUCUUGGGGCCCAAGUACAGUCCCGUGGAGUUUCUGCAGCGGGUACCAUCGGGCUUCUCCGCUCCCCUGGACGAGCUGCCCGCGGUCCCCCACAUGGCGUGCUGCACGCUGGAGCACCUGUACCUCCUGAUGGGGCGGGAGCUGCAGGACCUGGAGGAGGUGCCGCCGGGAAACGUGCUGGGAAUCGGGGGCCUUCAGGACUUCGUGCUGAAAUCCGCAACCCUGUGCAGCGUGCCCUCCUGCCCGCCCUUCAUCCCACUGGGCUUUGAGGCCACCCCGAUCGUGAGGGUGGCCAUCGAGCCAAAGCACCCGAGUGAGAUGCCCCAGCUCAUCCGAGGGAUGAAGCUGCUGAACCAGGCCGACCCCUGUGUCCAGAUCUUAAUCCAGGAGACGGGGGAGCACGUGCUGGUCACCGCGGGGGAGAUCCACCUCCAGCGCUGCCUGGACGACCUGCGGGAAAGGUUUGCAAAGAUCGAAAUCAGUGUCUCCGAACCCAUCAUCCCCUUCAGAGAAACCAUCACAAAACCCCCCCGAGUGGACAUGGUCAACGAGGAGAUCGGCAGGCAGCAGAAGGUGGCCGUCAUCCACCAGGCCAGAGACGACCACGGCAGAGUCCCCGAGGGGGUCCAGGUGGACGCCGAUGGGCUGGUGACCAUGACAACGCCCAACAAACUGGCCACGCUCAGCGUCCGGGCCGUGCCCCUUCCGGAAGAAGUCACGCGGCUUCUGGAAGAAAACAACGACGUGAUUCGUUCCAUGGAGCAGCUGACGUCGUCUCUGAACGAGGGCCGGAGCGCUCAGCUGACCCAGAGGACCCAGGAGAGAAUCCUGGAGUUCAAGGGCAAGCUGGAGCAGCACCUGGCGGGCAGGAAGUGGAGGGACACCGUGGACCAAAUCUGGUCGUUCGGCCCCAGAAAAUGUGGGCCCAACAUAUUAGUGAACAAAAGCGCCGACUUCCGGAGCUCCGUGUGGGCGGGCCCCGCGGGCGCCGCCACCCAGGAGGCCAGCCGGUACCGGGACGUGGGCAAUAGCAUCGUGAGCGGCUUCCAGCUGGCCACGCUCGCCGGCCCCAUGUGCGAGGAGCCCCUCACGGGCGUCUGCUUCGUCCUGGAGAGAUGGGACCAGAGCAAGUUCGAGGAGCCGGGAGCCAGCGAGAGUCGGGAUCCGGGGGGAGAGGGGCCCGGCGGAGCGGCCAGCUGUGCCCCGGGAGACGGGGGCGAAGGGCGGCGAGGCGGCCACCCCGAGCCCGGUGAGAGGAGGGCGGCGCAGAAGGCAGAGCCGGCCCUGGCGGACUGCUACGGGCCCCUGUCGGGGCAGCUGAUCGCCACCAUGAAGGAGGCCUGUCGCUACGCCCUGCAGGUGAAGCCGCAGCGCCUGAUGGCGGCCAUGUACACCUGCGACAUCAUGGCCGCCAGCGACGUGCUCGGCCGGGUCUACGCCGUCCUGUCCAAGAGGGAGGGCCGCGUGCUGCAGGAGGAGAUGAAGGAGGGCACGGACAUGUUCAUCAUCAAGGCCGCGCUGCCCGUGGCCGAGAGCUUCGGCUUUGCCGACGAGAUCCGCAAGAGGACCAGCGGCCUGGCCAGCCCGCAGCUGAUCUUCAGCCACUGGGAGGUCAUUCCCAGCGACCCCUUCUGGGUGCCGACCACGGAGGAGGAGUACCUGCACUUCGGGGAGAAGGCCGACUCGGAGAACCAGGCCCGCAAGUACAUGAACGCGGUGCGCAGGCGCAAGGGCCUCUCCGUGGAGGAGAAGAUCGUGGAGCACGCGGAGAAGCAGCGGACCCUCGGCAAGAACAAGUAGCCCGCGGAGGCCCGUCCCCAACAAACGCUCUGCUGCGUCGUCCCUGUGCGCUCGCUGCCGGUGUCGCCAGGCCGCAGGGAAGGGGUCAGAGAGCUCGCUUCCUACGGGUUCUCAUUGAUCGGGUGCAAGGCGAGCGGGAGCGCAGCGUCCGGUGACUGACUCCCACCCGUGCCCCGCCUGUCCCCGCCUCACACCCCCUCACAUCGUAAACGUCCCGUAGCUCAGCGCCCAGUAUUGUCUGGAGAGACCCACUUUUUCUUCGUUUUAAUGUAUUUUUAUUGAUUUCAGGAAGGGAGGGAGAGAGAAACAUCCAUGAUGAGAGGGAAUCAGGGACCGGCUGCCUCCUGCACGCCCCCCACUGGGGAUCGAGCCCGCAACCCUGGCACGUGCCCUGACCGGAAUCGGUCCCGGGUCCCUUCAGUCUGCAGGCUGACGCUCUAGCCACCGAGCCAAACCAGCCAGGGCGCUUUAUUUAGCCCAGGUCACUAUUAUAGCCAAUCCAUCUUAAGGUUCAUUUGUCUAGAAAACAACGCGAUGUUCACUGGUUAGCCUGCAAACCCAUUUUUGUAUUCCCUCACAAAUCGCAUCACUCGCAUUUACAUACGUGUUCCGGAAAGUUAGGCUCCAUACCUUUUUCUUCAAAAAAAAAAAAAAAGUAAAUGUUUAUAUCGUUCUGGGCCGUUUCUUCUCAGCCCUACUCAGGAUAUUAGCUAACAUGGCGAGAUUAUUGCCUUGAUUGUGAACCUUUUUCGGAAACCUGUUGCCUCGCUCUGAGAGAGUUCCAUAGAAGGAACAGAUGCAAUUUAGUAAAAAGUGGAUUUUGUAAUUUUUGAUGUUGCACUAAUAGUUUGUGUAGCCACUUAAAGAAAGGAUUCUUUUUCAAAACACAUAAGAUGAUUAGACCAGACCUUGUUUUUGAAAUGUUUUUACUGAUUUUUAAAAAAUAAACUAGAUCAUUCUUAAUACUAGUUGUAGACAUUUUAACUUUACUUUUCAUUUGUUUAUUUAAUAUUUUUAUUGAUUUCAGAGAGGAAGGGAGAUAGAGACAGAAACAUCCAUGAUGAGAGAGAAUCACUGAUCCGCUGCCUCCUGCACACCCCACCCUGGGAAUUGAGCCCACAACCCGGGCCUGUGCCCUUGACCAGAAUCGAACCCAGGACCCUUCAGUCUGCAGUCCAAUGCCCUAUCCGCUGAGCCGCACCGGCUAGGGCUCACUUUGAUCUUUAGGGCCCUGGCGUCGGUGAUCCAAUCUCCGGGGCCCGGACUUAGGGCGCAGUGAUAACUGACUGAGUUGAACGGGUCCUGAUAUCUGGGCUAAUUUAAGAAGGUUCCAGACGCGUGGGCUCAUCUGAAAACUUGGAUCACGUGGGAAGAGCCAGCACGUCGACCUGCAGCCUCUGUAAGGAACACCACUGAGAGUGCAGACGUGCUGUUACAGUAUUCUUAGCCCUGGCAGGUGCGGCUCAGUGGGUAGAGCAUCGGACGGCGGACCACAGGGUCCCGGGUUCGAUUCCGGUCAAGGGCACGCACCUCCGUUGCAGGCUCCUUCCCAGCCCGGGCCCUGGUCCAGGCGCAACUAUCGAUGUGUUUCUCUCACAUCGGUAUUUCUGUCUUUCCCUCUCUCUAAAAAAUCAAUGGAAAAAUACCCUCUGGUGAGGAUUUAAAAAAAUAAUAAUAAAAAGAAAUGAAAUAAAAUAAAAAUCAGAAAUUUUUAAAAAAUUAAAUUAAAAAUGGAAGUAUCGGGAGGCUCUGUGCUUCAUCAGCAAACGCUGGGCUCAGUGGAGAAGAGGCAGAGCCGGAGGGAGGGGCCCGCAGUCCUGGGGCAGAUGUGCUGCGGGGGCUGUGGGGGGUGCGGCCUGUCACUCUGACAGCCGGCCUCUUCCCUCUGCAUGUCCACGGGCGAGGGGGGGUGGGCAGGCCCAGGGGUGCAGCUCAGCCGCCACGGGAGUCCCCGGCCCUGCCCUGUCGUCGGUGAUGGGACCCCGUCACUCAGCCUGUCCUCACCCCGGGCCCCAGUGCCCCUCCCCCCCUCCCCGGCCCUGACCGCACCGCUGGUUCAGGGACGUGAGCCCGGCCGUCCUCAGCCCCCGCGAGGGACAGGGUUCCCAUGCUUACAGCAGGGGUGGCUUCUUCUUAAAAAGUAUGUAUUUUUAUUGAUGUCAGAGAGGAAGGGAGAGGGGGAGAGAGAGAGAGACCUCAGCGAUGAGAGAGAAUCAUGGACCGGCCGCCUCCUGCACGCUCCCCACUGGGGAUCGAGCCCGCCACCCGGGCCUGUGCCCUGACCGGGAAUCGAACCCGUGACCUCCUGCUUCACAGGUCGACGCCCAACCACUGAGUCUCUAGGAACGUCUGGCUUUUUAAACAAGUCCCUCAUUUAAGACCUAGAGCGGGGAGUCUCAGCUGGGGGCGAUGGGUCCCCAGACACGCGGCAGAGCCCGAAGACGCUCCGUGGUGGAGGCCGCGUGGAUUCCGGUCCAGGGCACGUACCCGGGUGACAGGUCCAGCCGCAGCCCAUCAACGUGUUUCUCUCACAUCGACAUUUCUCUCUGCCUGUCCCUC